CUAAAACAAGCGCGUUUUGAGUUGACAAGCCAUGGUUUUUAUCGGAUUUAGCGACGCCAUGAGAGGCUCUACAUCUCCCUCUCAACAUAUUCGCCUCCCUCGUUUGUCUUAUAUAUAUAUAUAUACAUAUUUUUGAGAUUUGAUGUAUGCAUUACUUGGGCACACAAUUUUGGACACAUUAGAAGGAUACCGGAGCUUUAGGAUAAACAAGGAACGGAGCAACUUUUUUGGGACUUUCCCACAUAGGGAUUUCUUUUUCUAUUUUCUUUUUCUUUUUUUCUUUCUCUCUCUCUCUCUCUCUCUCUUUUNUUUUUCUUUUUUUCUUUCUCUCUCUCUCUCUCUCUCUUUUUUUUUUUUUUUUUUUUUUUUUUUUUGGAACGAUGUGGGACACAAGCUAUGUGGCAGCCAUUUUCUGAGGAUGGAUGGAUCGGGAGACUCGGAUCAGGCUGGUGUGGAAAUUGAAGACUAAGGACAUGGAUUAGGCUUAUGGUUUUGUCGGGAAUA